AUGGCUAUAAUUAAUACUCAAACGAUUGUCGGUUGUAGUUCAUCGAUUGAUAUGUAUGAAUCAUUUGAUCCAGCUCAAAUAAUUAUUUGUCCAUAUGUAUUCAUUGACAAACAUCGAAUUCAAUUGAUUCAUAUGAAUAUAUAUUUUGAUAAAAAGAAUCAAAUAAAAGUUGAUUUAAAUCCUCCAAUAAUUUCUCUAACAAGCCUACUCGUUAAACUUGAUAAUAAUUCAUUCGUUUUGCCGUCAAAUAUUAACCCGAAUGAUACAUACUAUCUUUCAUUUUCAUCUGAACUUACAUGCAGAUUUUCAUUAUUAAAUAACGAAACGAUUUGUUUUUAUUAUUCAUUAUCGUCGAAUUUUAUUGAUCUAGAAUAUCAAUAUGAUGCAAUCAAAUAUCCUACUAUGCCAUUAUCGAAAAAAACUCGACAUCAUAUCUAUAGAUUUUUUAUUAUAAUUACUAUAUUUAUUAUCAUUAUUAUAUCUGCGCUUGCUAUGUAUAUCGUGUAUACAAAUAGAUUUUCAUUUGGUCAUGCAGCAGAAUCAGAUGAUACUGUUGAUUCGAAAAUGAUUAAAACAGAAUUAGGAACAAAUUAA